AGCCCCGCUGACGGCGGCUCCGCUCUGCUUGCCUUGCAGUGCGAUUUCUCCGAGGAUCAGACGGCCGAGUUCAAGGAGGCUUUCCAGCUCUUCGACCGCACUGGGGAUGGCCGGAUCCUGUACAGCCAAUGUGGGGACGUGAUGCGGGCCCUGGGCCAGAACCCCACCAAUGCCGAGGUCAUGAAGGUGCUGGGGAACCCCAAGAGCGAUGAGAUGAACACCAAGACGCUGAGCUUUGAGCAAUUCCUGCCCCUGCUGCAGACCAUCGCCAAGAACAAGGACCAGGGCUCCUUCGAGGACUACGUGGAGGGGCUGCGGGUCUUCGACAAGGAGGGGAACGGCACCGUCAUGGGGGCCGAGCUGCGCCACGUGCUCUCCACACCCGGCGAGCGGCCCAGCCAGUUGGGGAAGCCCGUUGGGUUUGCUUGGAGAGUCAGGAUGCUGGUUCUGUUCUCGCCACCGCCCCAUAAAUCAGGGGGCUGA